AUGGGUAGCAGGGCGGCCGAGCGCGUCGUCGUACUCGUACAGCAGCCUCCGGUCCAUGUCCACCCGGGACGCCACCGCGGCAGUCGUCGACGGCGCCGCCGAUGCCGACUACGACGCGGCGGCGGCCGUCGCGCGUCUGUGGGCAGCGGCGCGGUGGCAGUGUUGGUGGGCAGCUCGCGGCGGCGGUACGUGAUCAGCGCGGAGCACCUCAGCCACCCGCUGAUCGCCGCGCUCAUCGACGACGGGCGGCACAAGGACCAGCCCAUCGCCGUCAACUGCGAGGUGGUGCUGUUCGACCACCUGCUGUGGAUGCUGGACAACGCCGUCGACCUCCACGGCGAGGGCGACGACGACGCCAUGAGGGAGCUGGCCCAGCUCUACGCGUGCUGA